UGGACCACACUGGUGGAAAAGGCCUCGCUCUCUCUACCCAGUGCUGUAAAGCUUUUCCGCGGCCAAACCCCCGAUGAUCCUCGCCCAAACAAGGAUUUGUACGAGUUGAAGGUGGCGGCGCAUCCUGACAUGACUGAGUCGACCAUCAAUUGGAACAAAAUCGUGCAGCAUGGAGUUGUUCCGCAGUGGCUACCAGUGAAACCAGAACGACAGACAGCGCGACCUCCGAACCACAAUAGUAUCAAGGGACACGGCGCCAGCAUUCGUCGCCACCUGCGCAAAGGACAACUAGAAGGGCGUUAUUUGAUUGUGGAUGCCCGUCUCCAUGACCUGUGGCCGGAGUUAUUUAUCGGACCCCUUGCUGUCGUGGACAAGCCAGGUGCUACGAAGCCAGACAUUCGUCUCAUCAACGAUUACUCCUUUCCGGCCGGGGCAUCGGUGAACGAUUACACGGACAGGAGUGACCAUCCUCCUAUCUCGUACAAUCCACCGCGUGCGAUCGCCCGUCGAAUUCAUGAGCUCAAGCAAUUACAUCCAGCUGCAUACGUACUGUUGAUGCUGGGGGAUGUGGCUGGAGCAUUUCGCCACAUUCCUAUUAACGCAGAAUCGGUACACAUGUUCAGCUUUCGCUAUGAGGAUAUCCUCGUAGUUGAUCUCUCCUGGGGCUCCUGUGGCUUCGGGUGGUGUGGUUCCCCCGCGUUUUACACAGUUGCAGGCAGACUGAUCAAUCACCUAUACGAUUUCGGAUAUCGCCUGGAUCGUUCGUUCACCGGCAAUGUAUGGUGCGAUGACCAUACGUGCGUUGAAAUUGACGAAGGCACAAGGUGCUUCGACGCAAAUAUCGCACUACGACGAGCAAUGGCAACGGUACUGGGUCCUACAGCAUUGAACGAAGACAAAUUCACUUCUUGGGCUACCAAAGGCAAAGCGCUGGGAUUGAUGUGGGACACUGAGGCUGGCUCCGUGUCGAUGCCGGCUGACAAGAUUAAUAAG